AUGGCAGCAGCUGCAGAAGACAGGAACUUUAAGAAUUAUGCUAAAACACAAGAAGAAGAAGAUGCGUAUGAUUAUGUAAAGGAAAGAGGCGGAAUGAUCACAACCAGUUUUGCAGGUUCUUGCGCCCAUAUCAUCAAAGGAGCCUUGGGUGGAGGUAUUCUAUCCGGUCCUGUAGCUUAUAAAAGGGCUGGUGUUGCUGUAGCCGUGCCUCUGAAUAUUAUGUUUGGUAUAUUCAUGUGCUAUGGUUUAUAUCUGCUAGUAAGGUGUAAGAAAAUUUUGAUGAGGCGGACAAGAAGAACUCAUUUGUCGUAUGCUGACUGUGGAGAAGCGUCUCUUAUGCUGUUUCCUAAAAAGGGUCUUGCGAGAUUUUCAAAAGUAUUUAGAUACGCAAUAGAUGCUGCGGUAUGCACGGAUCUAUUUGGUGCAUGUUGCACGUAUCAGAUCGUAGUUGCGAAGUCGUUAAAACAACUCAUAGAAAACACUCAAACUACCAAAAUCGCAGGAGCACCAGGCUAUCCAUCUCUAAGAAUAUACCUGCUCAUAAUGUUACCGUUUUUCUGUAUUAUAUGUUUGAUAAGACAUCUUAAGUAUUUGGCGCCUUUUUCACAUGCAGCGAACGGAGUUGUGGCAUCCUCUAUUAUGAUGACAAUAUACUAUUGUUUUCAAUAUAAUCCACAAUUUGAGGGUUUGGCACUAGCAACUAACUUUGACGGAACCUUUCAAUUUCUUGGCAUGUCCGUGUUUGCUAUGUCUUGUUCUGGUGUUGUGGUAGCUAUUGAAGGUAACAUGAAAGAUCCGACUAAGUUUACAAGGUGUUUAUUAAUUGGACACUUGUUUAUCAUAGUAUGUACAACAGCUACAUCUUUCUUUGGUUAUGCCGCCUUCUUGGACAAGGCCGAAGCUCCAUUUACAAUCAAUUUUCCAAUGACGACGUAA